AUGCAGUUUGCGGUCUACAGUUUCUGUGGGAGUCUGUUGUCACUGUCACUAAUCAUUAAUUUGCAUGUGUCGAAGAAGUCGAUGACUCGCUGACUUAUGCGGUUUUAUAUCGAUUUUUCACUAAAUAAUUGUUGACAGAUAAUGGCGUCGGGAUUAGAGAGCUAUAUGAAUCAUACGGUUUCCAUUAUCACAUCGGAUGGUAGGAAUUUUAUUGGCACGUUAAAAGGCUUUGAUCAGACUAUCAACAUAAUUCUUGAUGAAUCACAUGAACGGGUAUAUAGUACAACGCAGGGAGUGGAACAAGUUGUCUUGGGUUUACAUAUUAUCAGAGGAGAUAACGUAGCGAUAGUGGGAGAGUUAGAUGACGAGAUGGAUGCACGAUUGGAUUUAUCAUCGAUACGUGCUGAUCCCCUAAGUUCCAUCUUACAUUGAUAAAUAUAUGUAGAAUUUUGUGCAGUUAAAAUCGCCGCUCAUUUUCAUUCGAAAUUUAAAAUAAAAUCAAUCGAGAGCGCUAGAAAAAAAAAAAAAGAA